GUUUCAGAAGAGAGCUUUAACAGAAGGGAUACAGUAAGUUCAGGUGUUUUUGCUUUGAAGCGCGCGCACAGUGAGUCUAUCAGGAUGAGGCACGUGCGGCUGCAGCUUCACCUCACUGUUUGUAUUUUACUGUGGAGUUCCGCAGGAGCGCAGCGUGUCAACAAAGUGACCCCAAAAUACGGAAGCCUCAACGGCGGAACGAGACUGACCAUAGAGGGUCAAGGUUUUGCUCAAGCCAGUCAGUUUAAUCUCAAUGCCAAUGACCCAAACUUUGGCAACACAGUGACACUGGUGUCCCGCACCAGAUCUGUUCCCUGUGAUGUCGAGAAAGACUCCACUCACUCCACUCAGAUCACGUGUUAUACAAGAGCUCUGCCAGAAGAUGACUAUGAAGUGCGGGUCAGCGUGGAUGGCAUGCCAAUUCCUUCAAGUUCCAUUUGUUAUGGUAGCCAGUGGAAUUACUGGUGCAUGUUCUAUCCCAGAACAUCCCGUACACCCAGCAUUCAAAGUAUCCGUCCGCUCACAGGUCCCCCAGGGACUGUGGUGACACUGCGGGGAAGAAUCUAUACCGAUGUAUAUGGAAGCAACACAGACAAAAGUUCCAAUGGCAUGAAUGUGAGAUUUUUAAGAGCGUACAUGGGAGGCAUGCCUUGUGAACUACUGAAACCCAAUUCAGAUGAAAAGUAUGGCCUCUAUUUGGAUUCUGAUACCAGCCAAUGGGGAUAUAUGAGUUGUAAAAUGACUGGAACGUAUGUUGGUCAUCACAACCUCAGUUACAUUCUCGACAGUGAAUAUGGGAGGAGUUUGCCAGACUUUGGGGUUUUCAGCAUCUCAGCACUGAACAAGGUUGCCAUGUUCCAGACAUAUGCAGAGGUGUCAGGAGUUUCUCCCUCUGAGGGCAGUGUAUUUGGUGGCACAUUACUGACCAUUCAGGGACGCUACUUUGAUGAGACUGACAAGCCAGCUAUGGUCUUAGUAGCAGGCCGUGAGUGUCAGAUUCAGAGCGUAUCAAAUGAGAGGAUAACCUGCAUAACUCCAAGUUAUGAAAGAACCAAUUUGACAGUGUUUCCUGGUGGCAGAGGAUUUAAAAUGGAGAUGUGGAACAACUCCAAUCCAAGCCUUCUAGAGGACGUCCUGGGGUAUAAUUCCAGUAGGCCUGGGUAUUCUGUCCAGUGGGUGGAUUCGCUGUCCUAUGUGUGGCCUGCUGAAAUUGAUUACUUUGUGGUACGACUGAGUGGUUUCUUUGUUCCGAUGGAGACUGACAACUACUAUUUCCGAAUCAAAGCCGACGAUCGGUGCCAGUUUUAUUUCAGCAAGACAGGUCUUCCUCAGGAUAAGGUCAAGAUUGCACAUCACCCUUACUACACAGGUAGUUUCUUCACCUAUAACACCCAAAUGUCAGAGGUCAUGCGCUUGGAGAAGGGAAAACCGUACUACAUUGAGAUUCUAGUGCAGGAAUAUGCAGUAGCAGCAUCAGUGGAUGUGGCCUUUUUCAAAGAGAUCAGUCUUUUCACUGCCCAGCAGACAAUAGAUGCUGUUAAUGAGAAACAGCACAUCAGUACAUACUAUAAUGUACUACCUGAAAAACAGGUGGUUCGCUUCCAGGGCUGGACGCCAGUAACCCCCGUCAAUGAGGUGCAGACUCUGAGAAUCAGCAGCAACUGCUUCUCUCUGAGCAACUGCGAAUACACAUACUACUCUCUAGCGUAUGGAGGUCUUAAAACAGGGCCGAUCUCAGUUAGUGCUUCAGCGAUGGAGUUGCAGAACGCUCUGAAUGAUCUGUGGACGAUUAAACCCGACAGUGUAACAGUCACAAAGCAAGAACUGGAUACUGAGGCACUGUACAAUGUGACAUUCAACUCUAACAGAGGUAACUUUGAGGCUCUUGAAUACUUUAUCAUGGACUCGAAUACGAACAUCACAGUUAGUGAGGAUGUGAAAGGGCAGGCCAGUUUGGAGACGUUCACACUGUUGUGGGGUGGAGUUCCAUCCCUCCCUCUGCCUUUCAAUGCUUCUAUAACUGAGGUGCAUUCGGCACUAGAUGUGAUGGUCACUGCUAAAUGUCCAGCAGAGAUUCCAACAAUGGAAAACACUAAUGUGAAAUUUUUCAGAGAUUAUGAGACCACCACCACAGGGUUUUCAGGUGAUCUGAGCCGUAGAGGGGUCCGGGUCAAUGAUUCGGAGGCUUUCUGUGGCCGCUGGUCUCUGAAGAACCCUGAGAUUCUGUUCAAUGCCAAUGACACUACAGCAUCAGGAACAAUCUACAGCCCAAUACUACUACAAACGUACAAAACUCUCUGCUUGGCCUACAAAGGGCGUCUGGUGAAUGAACUGGGAAUUUUGUUCAGUUACCAGGAGAAUAUUUACCGGGAGGAGAACAUACGUAUUUCUGUGCUAUUUGACUCAACGGAUGAGUGGAACUACAAGUGUGUGGAUCUCCUGGCCUCCAUACAGGCAAACUACAUAGGCACCAACUACAAACUUCUUCAGUUCAGUGUGUAUGGAGUGGCCGCUAACUCAGUUUACUUCAUAGACACUGUUCACCUUGGACAUGAAAUGCCUGCUUUGGAUUCUAAUGUUGUAAUCCAUAGAAGAAGACCACCUGCUCUAGCCAGUUCAGGACAUUUCUUUUCAAACAUCUCUGUGAGCAAACAAGCAAAUGCUUCACAAGUCAGCUACGAGAUCACAGCGACUCCUUACAACUGUGGCUUUGGUGUCCCACUGUUUGAAAUAGGCUUUCUGGAGAAGAUGCCAAACAGCACAGGGGACCGACUGAUUCAAAGCCAGGGGAACGCCACCGUCACCAUCAUGCGCCCUCAAAAAGCCAGCCCACCUCUUACAGGAACAUUUGAUGUUGAGUACUUUGGCCGACGUGUUGAAGGCCUAGCGGUAGACAUCAGUGCUGCGGACCUGCAAUACGCUCUGCAGGGGAUCCCAGAGCUCGGCCAGCUGCAGGUGCAGAGAUCUGGAGGCUGUAGGGGCUACCGCUGGAACAUCCAGUGGCUCACCAUGACUGGAAAUCAGCCUCUGUUAAAGAUCAAUGCUUCCAAUGUGGUUGGUGUGAACCCUUCAGUGAUAUCACGCAAGAUUGAGCAAGGAGGCAUCUUCAAACAGAGAAUUAUGGGAGACUUUCUGCGUGUGCCUACAAAUAAACCACAGGUGGAAGUUUUCAUCAAUGGUAUCCCGUCAUGGUGUUCAGGAGAUUGUGGUUUUACCUGGAGUGAGUCAAAGACCCCAAAAGUGACCGGGAUUUCUCCUACACAAGGAUCCAGCAAUCUGGGAACAGUUCUUACCAUAACUGGAUCUGGUUUUGAUGGUGGAAACGUCACUGUAAAGACUGGAGAUGUGGAAUGCUCUGUUCUACAGGUUACCAAUACUUCUAUAACCUGCCAGGUCGGUCCUGCAACUGCAGGUGUACAGCCAGUCUCUCUGAGUUUCUCUUUGGUGGGAAAUGCCCAAUACCAGAAUGACAACAGCUUUAUCUUCACACAUCUGUUAGGAGUGACCUCCAUAAACCCCACAACAGGAAGUGUGGCAGGAGGGACGAUUCUGACAGUGUCUGGCUAUGGAUUCAGUAAUAAUACUGCAGUCACCAUUGGCACUCAGCAAUGUAACAUUAUAAAGGUGGAACUUACCCAGCUGAGAUGCGUAGUUCCAGCUGGGCCAGAAGGUGAACAGAGAGUAACACUAACCACGGCAGAGAUGACAGCAGUAUCAGAUGGCUUUUUCACAUACAGCAACAAUUUGACAGCCAUAAUCACAUCUGUGAGCCCACAAACUACAACAGUAUUUGGACGCAGGAUUCUCACCAUCUUGGGCACAAAUUUUGAGUCGCAUGAUAAUGGCAGCUCUGUUUUGAUUGGUGAGGCUGAAUGCGAAUUGCUGGAGUGGACCAACGAAAACAUCACCUGCCUGUUACCCACACUCCCCCCAGCUGAGUACAAUGUCCAUGUGAGAGUCGGAAACCAGGGUUACCCCUUAACCAGUGCUGGCGUUAAAACCACUAUAGAGUAUCUUCUAGAGGUGACUGGUUUCUCUCCAUCUCUGGGGUCUUUGUAUGGAGGAACCACCAUCACUAUCACCGGCUCUGGGUUCAGUCCAGUCGCAGCAGAUAACAAUGUCACUCUGGGAGACAGACAAUGCCGAGUGACAGCCGCUUCAGAUCAUCACCUGGAGUGUGUGACCCAGUCUAGAGAUAAAACACACACUGUGGCUAACCAAGGUUUCCACCCCGUGUACGGUCAGGGUUACGCCUGGAGCCCAUCUGCGCUAAUAGCCUCAGUGGGGGACACAGUGGUUUGGCUCUGGGACGCACCAGCUUUUGUGUCUGGUCUGGGCUACAGGGUCUUCAGUGUGUCCAGUCCCAGCAGCACAGACUAUGAUGGCAUUGCUUUCAGCAGUGGAGACACCCGAACUGCCAAAGGGCUUUUUGCCUACCGUUUCACGUCUCCUGGAGUUUACUACUAUAGCAGCGGUUACAUCGACACUGGCAACCAGAAGACACUUCAGGGAGUGGUGACUGUUAUGCCAUUGGAGGAGAGCACUGUUGGGCUUCAGGUGUUUGUGACAGGAAUAGAGGCCUCUAUGAACAUAGGACAAAUUAACUCAUCUGACUCCGCUUGUGUGGCCACUUCUGACUGUUUCCGAGAACAGCUGGAAUUUAAUGAGAUAUCAGACAGUCUCUACUUCAGUUUUACUUCCUGUGCCAGUCCCACUGUGUACCACAUCACGCCUGACCAUGGCACUACACACGACAUUAUCAGAAUCAACGGAUCUGGCUUUAGCAGCAUUAACUGUGCAAACGAGGUCAAAGUUGGAGAUCAUCCAUGUAACGUCAUUAGCAGCACCUCCACUGAGAUCCACUGCCAACUCAGUCCUGACAGCGGAGCACCAGUGGGCAUCCCAUUACCUGUAACUGUCCUAGUCAACAACCUUGGCACUGCCAUCCUGACCAUGCCGAAAGAGUACGACCGCAGAUUUGUGGUUCUACCAGUGAUAGAUUCCAUCUUUCCUUUGGUGGGCAGCACUACAGGCCACACGCGUCUCUUCAUCUCAGGUUCUGGGUUCUCAAACGGUUUGAUUACAGUUGCAGGCGUUCCAUGCAACGUGGUUUCCAUGGACUACUCUCACGUAGUGUGCGAUACCUCACCGUCUGAAGCUCGCAGGGGAGACGUUGUAGUUUACGUCAAUUCCAUCUCUUCAUCAUGCAGUUUUGAUUGUAAGUUCGAAUAUUUCAAAUCCAUCGCACCAUACGUCUCUGAGGUGCUCCCUAACUCAGUCAGUGGAAACACCACCACUGUUGUGAUCACCGGCAGUGGGUUUGGGAAUGAUUCUGCCGAUCUAAUGCUAUCUGCAGCCAACAUCCUUCUGGAAGUCAUAGAAGUCACCGAUAGCAGUAUCAAGGUUUUAGUUGGCGCCCUUCCCGCUGGUACACACGUCCUACAAGUGGUGGUGAUGAGCAAAGGUCUCGCCACAGGAGAUGAAACCCUGACCAGCAUAGCACAAGCCAGCAUCAACCCAAAAUCAGGCAGCAUUGCUGGAGGAACGCCGCUCUUGAUCACGGGAAAUGGCUUUGUGGCGGGAAAUACAACUGUGAGGCUCGCUAACUCCCCCUGCAGGAUUUUAGAUGUCACUCCAGAUACGGUGAGGUGCAUGACACCUCCUCACGCAGAGGGACAGGUGCAGGUGAACAUUAAGGUGUUUGAUGUUGUGUAUCCACCUCAAAGUUUCAACUACUCUAAGGGACAAACUCCAAACAUCACCUCCGUCAGUCCUAGAACAGGUCCGGUUGGAACAGAGAUCACCGUCUCUGGUUUUGGUUUUGGCACAGAUGUAGCUCUUGUCUCCUUAAAGAUCGGUGGUGUGCCUUGUAGUGUGUCAUCUGUCACAGAUACACAGUUGCUGUGCAAUGUUGGGGAACACGCGGGAGGAACUUUUCCGGUCAUAUUUCACCAUAAGGUCAAGGGUCAUGCCUUGACCCAGCCUGUCUUCACCUAUGAGCUGCUGCUGACAGGAGUAACACCAAAUGAGGGAAGUUAUGCCGGAGGAGCCAUUGUUGCUAUUCAAGGCUCUGGAUUCGACCCAAACAGCACCAAAGUCCUCAUCUGUAACAGAGAGUGUAACGUGCACCUGCAGAACUCCACCUCUACCCAGCUCAACUGUGAAAUCCCACCCAACAAUGGAACUGAAGCAGCGCGGGCCUGCACAGUCAUAGUGAUGAAUGGAGGCGACGCUGUCAACCUCACCAACAGCUAUACUUACAGAUCCUCUCUGACCCCUGUUAUCACCAAUGUGACGCCGCGCAGAGGAGGAACCGCUGGAGGCACCAGACUCACGAUUACCGGCUCAGGUUUCAGCUCAAAUGUCAACGAAGUCUCUGUCACAAUUGCGGGGUCUGUUUGUGAUGUCCAGUCAGCCAGUGAGUCGCAAAUCAUCUGUGUGACCAACGCUCAGCCCAGAUCCCAAGAAACUCAAGUGCGCGUUCAGCUGGGGAACAGAGGAAUUGCCCGAAUGGAUAAUGCUUCCUUCUUCUACAUUGACGUGUGGUCGUCUCCCUAUACAUGGGGUGGUCUCUCCCCUCCUGAGGAGGGCAUGUUUGCUGUAAUCACUGCUGGCCAGACCAUCCUCCUGGACACCAGCACACCAGUCCUUAAGAUGCUCCUUAUCCAAGGUGGGCGACUGAUUUUUGAUGAGGCAGACAUUGAGCUGCAGGCAGAGAAUAUUCUGAUCACAGAUGGUGGAGCUCUGCAGAUCGGGACAGAGCAGGCCCCCUUCCAGCAUAAGGCCAUCAUCACACUGCAUGGACACCUGCGUUCUACAGAACUUCCUGUCUAUGGCACCAAGACCCUGGCUGUCAGAGAGGGGGUGCUGGAUCUGCAUGGAAUCCAUGUCCCUAUGCCAUGGACUCGCCUUUCUCAGACUGCACAAAGCGGCUCCAAGACGCUGACACUGAUGGAUGUCGUUACCUGGAAGACUGGUGAUGAAAUUGUCAUCGCUUCCACAGGGCACAGACACAGCCAAAGAGAAAAUGAGUUGAGGAGAAUUGCCUCAGUUUCAGCUGAUGGAAGGACCCUCACUCUGACCGAACCACUGGAAUUCACUCAUCUGGGUGUGUCUGUGACGCUGCCUGAUGGGACAGUUUUUGAAGCAAGAGCAGAGGUCGGUCUUCUUACCAGAAACAUUGUUGUCCGUGGAUCCAACAACGUGGAGUGGAAUGAUCGGAUUGAAGCUUGCCCUGAUGGAUUCAACACAGGGGAAUUUGCUACACAGACUUGUUUCCAGGGUAGGUUUGGAGAAGAAGUAGGAAGCGACCAGUUUGGUGGCUGCAUCAUGUUCCACGCACCACAACCAAACCAAAAUCUGGCAAUUGGCAGAAUUGAAUAUGUUGAGCUCUUCAAUGUUGGACAGGCGUUCCGUCUGGGACGCUACCCAAUCCACUGGCAUCUGAUGGGUGAUGUUAAGUUUAAGUCAUAUGUGCGUGGAUGUGGCAUCCACCAGUCCUACAAUCGUGCCGUCACCAUCCAUAACACCCACAACCUGCUGGUGGAGCGUAAUGUCAUCUACAAUAUCAUGGGUGGGGCCUUCUUUAUUGAGGACGGCAUUGAGACUGGCAACAUCCUGCAGUACAAUCUGGCGGUAUUUGUAAAACAGAGCACCAGUUUACUAAAUGACGACGUGACUCCAGCUGCAUACUGGGUCACCAACCCUAAUAACACCAUUAGGCACAAUGCCGCGGCUGGUGGAACGCACUUCGGCUUCUGGUAUCGCAUGCAUGAUAAUCCCGACGGCCCUUCGUAUAACCCCUACAUCUGUCAGAAGAGAGUACCACUGGGACAGUUCUUUAACAAUACUGUGCAUUCGCAGGGCUGGUUUGGCUUGUGGAUCUUCCAAGAGUUUUUCCCCAUGCGUACCGGCAGCUGCAGCUCCUCAACACCGGCGCCAGCAGUCUUCCGCCGCUUCACUUCCUGGAACAACGAGAAAGGUGCUGAGUGGGUGAACGUAGGAGCGGUUCAGUUCAGCGAGUUCCUGAUGGUCAAUAACGAGAAGGCAGGAGUGGAGGCAAAGAGGAUCAUCCGGCAGUUCGUCAGCGGAUGGGGAUUGGAUGGAGGGGCAGCCGUGGUCAAUAGCACCAUGGUGGGCCACGUGGAUGAGCUGGGACUGGGGAGCAACUACUGCACCGCUCGUGGUGUUGUCCUGCCUCUGGAUGAUGGGAUGAGCGUCAUCAACACCAAGUUUGUGAACUUCGACCGUCCGUCGUGUGCUGCAGUCGGGGUGGCAGAAAUAGUUGGAACCUGCAUGCUCCGCUGUGGAGGCUGGAGUGCAAGAUUCAGUGGGAUCCAGUACUAUCAGUCGCCCAACAAGGCCUGGUUCAGAUGGGAGCAUGAGGUGGCGCUGGUAGAUACUGAUGGGUCACUAACAGGCAAUGUUAGCUACAAGGUGGUACCAAGGAAUGACUUGCUCGACCCAAGACGCUGCUUCCCAGGAACAGAGUGGAGUGUUGGCGUUCCUGCUGCAGUAUGUGACAACACUGUUAACUUCCACCGCAUGGUCGUCGUCAAUCCCUCACCGCCUUCACUUCAGUCUAAAGAUGUCAUUCUAACCAACUCAUAUGGGACAUGUGUGCUUCCUUUCCUUAAAAAACUGGUGACCCACACAUUUGGCUGGAUGGCAAUGGUGCCCACAGGCCAAACAUACAACUGGUACUUUGAUGGUGCUUCCCAAAUCACCAACAUCUCAUACAAUGGAAUGGUCUACGGCUUUCGGCCAGAACAUUAUGUAAUUAUCAACCACAACCUGACCCAGACACCUGACCGGUUCCGCAUCAUAGACGACAGGAAUGGCUCCUCCCAGCCCCUGAAUCCCACUGCGAAUGUAAAUGGGGAUUGGUACUUCAACCGGACAUCCAAAGACCUCUAUUACAUGGUGUCUGGAAGAGACCGUGUUGUUAGCCGGAGGAAGAGGAACAGUGUGGACCGCUCGGUUGUAGACAGAUCGCUAGACUUCAGAGUGUAUCAGUGUUACUAUCCCAACUGUAUCCAACCUUUCCCUGGUUCUGUAGCCAAUACAUCCAACACAACUGGCCGCAGACCUGCAAACUAUGUUCUCUGGUCAAAUACAUCAUUUUGGAGGUCAAGCUCAGUGAACAACUUCAAUGUGCCACAAGAUGGCUCUGAUGUGAAUAUUCCAGCUGGCAUUUGGAUGGUUGUGGAUGUUGUUGUGCCCUCCCUGAACAAGCUGAAAAUAGUUGGAGUUCUGGAGAUUCCAGACACAAACAAUGGCACCUCCUCCGGCAGUGUAUCUCAAUACAACAACAUUGUUCUGAAUGCCACAUAUAUCUCCAUUCAAGGUGGACGUCUGAUUGCUGGCUGGCCUGAUGAACCCUUCAGAGGUCAACUACAGAUCAUACUGAGAGGAAGCCAUUCCACACCAGACUGGCUAUUGCCAUCUGGACUAAACCAAGGGUCCAAAGUUCUGGGUGUGUUUGGAUCUCUUGACCUGUAUGGCAUGCCACACAAUGUGUAUCACACUAAGCUUGCUAGCACGUCCCAAGCAGGAAACAGCACUAUCUCACUACAGGAAUCUGUGGACUGGAAGGUUGGGGAUAAGAUUCUGCUGUCCACCACCAGCUAUGACCCUUGGCAGACAGAAAUCCGCACCAUCACUGCGGUCACAGAUUAUGGCCGCACACUGACUCUGGACCAGCCUUUAUCAUACACACACAUUGGGGAGAGCUACAGUGUGCCAGGUACUUCAAGAAGUUAUCAGCUUGCAGGCAAUGUGGCUUUACUGACCAGGAACAUCAAGAUCAUCGGUCAGGAGUAUCCAGAAAUGAACACACAGUCUUAUGGAGCCAGAGUUCUGGUGGGAACCUUCUUCAGUGGAGGAAUCGAUUUCAGAGGAAAAGCCCAGAUCAGAAAUGUUCAGUUCUACCACACCGGGCAGGAGGGAUGGAACGACCUGUCAGACCCACGAUACUCUCUGGUGUUUUAUAAAUUAGGAGGGGUGGUUGGUGAAUCUUACAUCAAGGGAUGUGCUUUCCACAACGGCUUUGCUCCUGCUAUUGGUGUUUUCAGGACAGAUGGACUGAGUAUUGAAGACAACGUGAUCCAUCACACGGUUGGAGAAGGAAUCAGAGUCUGGGGUGACAGAAAUGUGGUCCAGAGGAACUUGGUUACAAUGACACUGUGGUCUGGAUCGUAUAACGGCAGAGCGGAGGAAUUCAACUUUGAAUGGAAUGCAGCCAUUGAGGUGAGUGAGGCAACCAAUGUGAUUCUUCAAGGGAAUAUUGUUGCUGGCUAUGAACGAGUGGGAUACCGAAUUGAUGGAGAACCAUGUCCAGGAUCUCCAAAUUCAGUGGCACAGUGGAGUCAAAAUGAGGCACACGGUGGUCUGUAUGGACUCUACAUGAAUAAAGAUGGACUUCCUGGUUGCUCUCAAAUCCAGGGAUUCACUGUCUGGAGAAGCUUUGAUUUUGGCAUUUAUGUCCAAGUAUCCAUGAAUGUGUUAAUUUCCAACGUAAGCCUGAUAGAUAACGGAAUGGGAAUCAUGUCUCUAAUCUACAGUCCUUCCUCGCUCAGCCACGCAUACUCUGACAAAACAGUCCGUGUACAGGGUGCCCUGAUUGUAGGCAGUAGCCCCAACUUCAACUGUUUUGACAGUCUAUCCACAACUAUGACGUAUGUUGCACUCAGCAGAAGUCACAAGGCCCCACGUCCUCCUAAUGGUGGCAGGUCUGGAAUUUGCUGGCCGACGUUCGAAUCAAACCAUAACAAUGGACCACAAAAACCUCUCACUGGACUGAUGAGCUACAACGCCAUAGCUGGUAUAAUGACGGUCUCUGACACAACUUUUGUUGGGUUCAAGAGUGUGUGCUCAACAGAGAGAAAUUACAUGUUCAUGACCAACCUGGGAAAUGAGGAUCUACAACAUCCAAUCAAUGUUGAGAGGAUUUCCAAGAUAAACAGCACAGAGGACUCUCUAGCAUUCAUUCAUCGGCCUGAUCUGGGCAAGGUGAACCCUGCGGACUGUGUGGACAUGGACUGUGAUGCUAAGAAGAAGACUAUUUUGAAGGAUCUGGAUGGCAGUUUCCUGGGUGCCGUGGGAGCAGUGGUGCCCCAGUCUGAGUACGAGUGGGACGGGGAUCCCCGGCACGGACUGGGCGAUUACCGCAUCCCCAAAGUCAUGCUCACCUAUCUCAAUGGCAGCCGGAUACCUGUGAAUCAAAUCGCUCCUUACAAAGGUGUGAUCAGAAACACUUGUACGUACAUGAGCACCUGGCAGAGCUACAAGUGUUUUGGGCUCAACUACAGAAUGCUGGUCAUAGAAAGUCUGGAUGCAGACACAGAAACCAGGCGUCUUUCACCUGUAGCCAUCCUGGGGGACAAAUAUGUGGAUUUGAUAAAUGGCCCACAAGACCACGGCUGGUGCGCUGGCUACACGUGUCAGAAGCGAGUAUCUUUAUUCCACGCCAUUGUUGCCACCAAUAAAUCCUUUGACAUCUAUUUCACCAGCACAACACCACAGAAGCUGAGACUUAUGCUGCUAAAUGCUGGACCUACAGAGGCUGUCAGGGUGGCUAUAUUUUACUCAAACCCUCAGCGGCUGGAUGUGUAUGUUAACAAUAAUUUGAUUGGUCCAACAAAUGCUCAGUGGAAUACAGACAAAACGGACUACACGCUGCGUGAGCCAACUUCUACAGGUCAAUAUGUUCCAGGUUUCAACUCCAGUCAUGGCUCCAACUUUUUUGACCAAGACUACAAAAUGAUGAACAUACUUCUUCGUGGCUCAGAGCCGGUCCAAAUCCGCACCUCUCCAGUUCUGUUCCUGGCCUUCAACCUCCCGGCCAUGACUGAGGAGGAGUUCUUCGGGGAAAAUCUGGUCAACAAUCUGGCUGCAUUCCUGAAAAUACCCCCAAACAAGAUUCGAAUCACCAAAAUCGUCCGUGAGGGAACUAAUGCAAGAAGGCGGCGCUCAACAGGACUGACAGUGGAGGUGGAGAUCAGGGAGCCUCCUGUCCAGAAUUCCACCAGCAACAGCACUGAAGAAGACCAACAGUUUGAGGUCCUGAAGAACAUUGCUGAUGAUCUGGGCCGCGCUGCUGUCUCCGGCAAUCUGAGUCAGUCCAUCGGCUUCAAUGUGUCGUCCCUGGGCGUCAUCCCUCCUCCUCCUUCUUCCAGUGACCCAUCCUGGAAUGAUUUGGCAACUCAGGAAGUGACCCGUGAGGACCAGCAGGUGGAGACGGUCAAGACGGUAUCGUCCCUGGUGGUGGUGGUCCAGCCUGUGGCGGGAUUGGCCCCCGGGCCCCUCAGUGUGCAGCCCAGCAUCAUGGCUGUGGACACAGCGGGUGACUGCGUGUCUGUGGGUGUGACGACUCUAACCAUGUCAGCUGUGCUCAAAGAUACUAAUGGAAAUCCGGCAGAGGGACUUCAAGGAAACACCACCAUCCCAUUCAGUGGCUGCUGGGCCAAUUACACUGAUUUAGCCAUCUUUACAAGUGGUGAGAACUUGAAGUUGGCCUUUUCUCUGAAUGAAUGGAAGGCUGAGUCCAGAUCUUUCACACUCAGAGCAGCUACAACGCCGUCUUCUGUGGUCGUCACCACGGAGGAUGAUGACAACCCCAGCAUCUUUGACUCCAGUCCAGCUGUCUUGUCACAGUCUGUGUAUCUGCUCAUGCUGCUGAGUGGUCUACUCCUGCUCAUGAGACCCUAAAUAAUCACAACACACAGUACACUCUUAUAAAUAUAUUACAUUGUCUUCUAAUGAUUUGUCUUUGUCUAUAAACUACUAUUGUUUUUCCAUAUGAUCAUGAUCUGUAAGCCACAACUAUAAAU